GUACGCCCAAACGAAUGCGCAGCUCCAAAGAGACAGUCCACGCCUGUGGUGUCUGCAAGAAGUGUUCAGCGUCAAGAGCAGCCUGACCCGUCACCAGCGGAUCCGCGCCAGCGAGAAGUCCUUCAAGUGCACAGAGCGUGGGCAGAGCUUCACUGAGAGCACGGUCCUCCUGCAGCACUGGAAGACACACAUCGAGGAGGAGCCCUUCCUCUGCACCACGCCAGAGAAGCCCUUUGCCUGCCCACGUUGUGAUAAGACCUUCAGCCAGAGGUAUCACAUCAAGAGGCACCUGAAAGCCCUCCACAAAGAAGAUCCGUACGUGGUCAGAGAGACUUUCUGCUGGACUAACAGCGUGACACACCAUCAAAUAAUCCACACAGGAGAACGCCCCUGCACGUGCCCAUAUUGCAAGAAGACCUUCAACAACAUCAGCACCUUAGUCCGUCACCAAAGGACCCACCAGAGCAAGAGACCCUACAAGUGCCCCAAGUGUGGGGAGCGCUUCAGCCGUGAGUCGUCCUUCCAG